AUGGAUGUUUUUGAAGAUGGGGGUGAUAGUUUUGAUGGUGAAGCAGCUAGAAGCAAUGUGCAAGAUUCAGAUCCGUCUAACAACAACAAUGCAGUUGCUGCAACUCAUGUUGGUAAGAGACGUAGAAAACUCACAUCACAUGUAUGGACUCAGUUUGAAAUUCUUCCUGUUGAUCCAGAUAAUAAGCUUUAUGCGAAGUGCAUGAAAUGUGGUCAUAAGUACUUGUGUGAUAGUAAAUAUGGUACUGGAAAUUUAAAGCGUCAUCUUGAUUCUUGUUUGAAAUCCGAUACCCGUGAUAUUGGCCAAUUAUUAUUAUCUACAUCUGAAGGGUCUAUCAUAACAAGGUCUGCUAAGUUUGAUCCCAAUAAAUUUCGUGAAUUACUAGUGAUGGCAAUUAUCAAGCAUGAGCUGCCCUUUCAAUUUGUUGAGUAUGCUGGAAUUAGGGAUGUGUUUAAUUACAUUUGUGCUGAUAUCAAAUUGAUAUCUCGAAAUACUGCAAAGGCUGAUGUGUUGAGUUUGUACAAUAGAGAAAAGGGUAAGCUUAAGGAACUUUUGGGUUCAAUCAGUGGUAGAGUUUGUUUGACAUCUGAUUUGUGGACUUCUAUAACCACAGAUGGUUAUCUUUCUCUCACUGCCCAUUUUGUUGAUGCUAAUUGGAAAUUGCAAAAAAGAAUUUUGAAUUUCAGUUUUAUGCCUCCUCCUCAUAGUGGUGUUGCAUUGUGUGAGAAGAUCUAUAAGUUGUUGACUAGUUGGGGGGUGGAAAAGAAACUUUUUUGUAUGACUUUGGACAAUGCAUCUUCAAAUGAUAGUUUUGUUAUGUUGUUGAAGGGGCAGCUUAACUUGCAGAAUGCACUAUUAAUGAAUGGUAUAUUUUUUCAUAUUCGGUGUUGUGCACACAUCCUGAAUUUAAUAGUGCAAGAUGGGUUGAAACACAUUCAUGAUUCUGUGGGGAAAAUUAGGGAAAGUAUUAAGUAUGUUAGAGGUUCACAAGGGAGGAAACAGAAGUUCUUAGAUUGUGCUGCACAAGUUUCUUUAGAUUGUAAAAAGGGUUUGCGCCAAGAUGUACCCACAAGAUGGAACUCCACAUUUCUAAUGAUUGAUAGUGCACUUUAUUAUCAACGGGCAUUUCUGCAUUUGCAAUUAAGUGAUUCAAAUUACAAGCAUUCUCUCACUGAAGUUGAGUGGCAAAAAUUAGAAAAACUUAACAAGUUUCUCAAGGUAUUUUAUGACGUCACUUGCUUGUUUUCUGGAACUAAAUACACUACUGCAAAUCUGUAUUUUCCUCAAGUGUUUGUGGUGGAAGAUACUUUGAGAAAAGCUAAAAUUGAUCAAGAUGAUUUCAUGAGAUCUAUGGCAACUCAAAUGAUGGAAAAGUUUGAUAAGUAUUGGAAAGAGUACAGCUUGAUCCUUGCAAUUGCUGCCGAAUCAGUUGUUGGUAUAUCAAGUACCUCAAAUAGUGUUCGUUCUCAUGUUGAUGACAUGGUAUCAAAGGAAUGCAUGAAUGUUAUGAAGGAAUUUGAUACCUUUGAAAGUGAGGAGUCUAUCACAUCUUCCCAAAAGUCACAGCUGCAAUUGUAUUUGGAUGAGCCUAAAAUAGAUAGGAAGAUAAAUUUGAAUGUUCUUGAUUUUUGGAAGGUCAACCAAUUUCGAUAUCCUGAACUAUCUAUUUUGGCUCGUGAUGUACUAUCUAUUCCAAUAUCUACAGUCGCAUAUGAGGCAUCAUUUAGUGUUGGUGGUAGAGUGCUUGAUCAGUAUCGUAGUGCUCUCAAACCUGAAAAUGUUGAGGCACUAAUUUGUACACGAGACUGGAUAUUUGGUGACCAAGAAAAUCCCACUGUGGCACCCAACUUGGAAGAAUUGACAGAGGAUAUUAGUAACAUAGCCAUAAAUCUCUCCCAAUCUGCUGAGUGCUCCAAUACCAUUGUUGCUAGUGGCUAA